GUGCCUUUGUAUGUUUGUAUUGUCUGUUUCUUAGGAGAUCAAAGUAUCUGAGGUUCUUUGAGGUUCUUUUAACUCAGCUGGUGAGGACAAGCAGAGCACUAUGGACAGCAGCAACUCAAGCAGAAUCAACCAGACAGAUUAUGACUAUAAAAAUUUGUAUAUAGUUUUUUGUCUGCAAUGUUUUAAUGAGCUGAAGAAUUCUAUGACAGAGAUUUCUCUGGUCUUCUACUACCUGACCUUGAUCCUCGGCAUUCCUGGAAAUGCAUUUGUCAUGUAUGUUGCUGGAUUGAAGAUGAAGAGGACUGUUAAUACAGUAGGGUUUCUCAAUCUAGCGAUUGCUGACCUCUUGUGCUGUCUUUCCACUAUUCAUCAUAUUACCAAGAAAGCUUUUGAUUACUGGCCAUACGGAUCCAUAAUGUGCAAAAUAUUCCCCUUCAUUAUGCUCAUCACCAUGUUUGCCAGCGUUUUCACACUGAGCUUGAUUAGUCUGGAUCGGUUUACUCAGGUGAUCACACCGGUUUGGGCUCAGAAUCAUCGCAGCUUGUUCAUCGCACGACUGGCCUGUGUAUCGGCUUGGAUUCUGGCUUCAAUUCUCAGUCUGCCUUUUAUGAUGUUAACCAAGUUUUACACAAAAAACAAUGGCACAUACUGCCUGUUUCAUAAAUUUGAUGAAUAUAGUGUAAUAUUGUAUGGAAGGUUAACCAUCAUCAGAUUUGUGUUUGGCUUUUUGGUUCCUCUCAUAUGCAUCACAACAUGCUACGGAUUUAUCGCACGCAAGUUAGGCAGGAGUCAUUUUCACUCUGGACGAACAUUUCGCAUCAUGUUUGCUGUAAUUGUGGCCUUUUUUCUGUGCUGGUUGCCAUAUCACAUUUUACAUUUGAUAAUAGUGUACGGAAAGAUAUCCAGUUUGUAUGUGGUUUCAGGAGUGUAUCCGUUCUCCGUCUCUUUUGCGUAUUUCAACAGCUGUCUGAACCCCAUUCUGUAUGUUUUCAUGGGGCAGGAUUUUAAAAGCAAUGUUAAACUUUCUCUAAGACGUGUUUUUGAAAGAGUUUUCACUGAGGAGGGAACACAAGCAUCACGAUCCACACAGCCACAACACACACACUCAGUGUAGUGAAGAUAUCAGAACAUUUAUUCAGAGAUUUCUGAUUUAUUUUUUAACUAUAUUAACUAUUCUAUUUUAACUAUUAUCUAUUUUCUAAAUUCAUCAACUCAA